AUACUUUUCUCCUUACUUUUUUCUUUUUUAUUUAUUUAUUUUAACUUCUUUUUAUCUUUGACAUCAUGUCAUUAAAAGAAGAAUCAUCGAACAACAACAAUUUUGGUAUGUCCAAGCCUACGAACGAAAACGAAGCGAAUCGAUUGGCACUGAUUGAUGAUCUCAAGUUAUUCUUAGCUACAGCUGCUGAUAGUUGGGAUAAAACUAGUUCUCCAUUGAAACGAUUUCAUUUACCUACUGGUGAAUCUAUCUCAUGUGUCCUUUGGAAUGAUCUUUAUUUUGUGACGGGUACUGAUAUCGUACGAUCCCUGACUUUCCGGUUCCAUGCCUUUGGUCGUCCAAUCACUAACGCUAAGAAAUUUGAAGAAGGUAUAUUUAGUGAUCUUCGUAAUCUCAAACCUGGUAUUGAUGCGCGUUUAGAAGAACCUAAAUCUGAUCUAUUGGAUAUGCUUUACAAGAACAACUGUAUUCGGACUCAGAAGAAGCAAAAAGUAUUUUUUUGGUAUUCAGUCCCUCAUGAUCGACUCUUUUUGGAUGCCUUGGAACGUGAUCUUAAACGUGAAAAAAUGGGAUUAGAACCUACAACAACUGCUAUUGCUGAACCUGCUACUUCUACUUCUUUGGAUACAACUCAAGAAUUAUUUGAUCAACUACGUAAAUCCAUGUCUAUCUCUGCUGCUGCUACUGCUCAUGCUUUGGAAGAAGAUUCUACUUGUAUUGAUACUAUUAAGUCACCAAAAUCGAGUUCAUCUAUGGAACAACAACAUUUGAUUCCUUCUCCAACUAAAACAACGACUUCAACGACUCGUCUUAACCUUGCUGAGCGUGUACAAGCACGUCGAUCUCGUGUCAAUUCUGUUCCUGCCGACUUUGGACAAGAUCAAGAUCAUCUCAAGCAGGUAUUACUUCAACAACAGAAACAUCACCAUCAGCAUUAUAGAAUGAGUCAUGGUUCUUAUUUUGCCACUUCUCCACGCAUAUCUGCAUCUUCUUCUCGACCAUCAUCACGCCAACGCAUGAAUAGUACUUCGACAUUAUCUAAUCAUCAUGAUGAUGGUUUAUUGAAUUUUGAUGAUCUUGGUUCUGAACGAUCUUCAUCUUCUUCUCAAGAUACUUUGGUAGAUGGAGUUUAUCAAUUGGAUAUUGCGAAUCAACGAAGAGCACAUCAUCAAUCUCAUUUGAAUUCUCAUCAUCAUCAUCAUCAUCAUCAUCAUCAUCAUUCUUCUCAUCAAAAGAGUCAUGCAAAUCAACAUCAUCAUCAACGUUCAUCUACUGGUGGUGUACUUCCUUCAAAAUCAUUGGAUUCUAACACUUUGAAGAAAACAAAGACGAUUUUUGGUGCAUUGUCAUUAUUUGAUGGAUCUCCUACUUAUAAGCAAAGAAGACGUCGUGCAGCAUCUGUUUCCUCAUCUGUUAACCAACAACAACAACAACAACAAGUGAUCGUUGGAGGCGGAGGACCUGACCGGAUACGCCGUCACACCAAUUGCCAUCUACGUACAUCAUCUACAGCCUCUGUGCAUAGCAACAACAACAACAACAACAACAACAACAACAACAACAACAAUAGCAAUGUCAGCGGCAGCAGCAGCAUAAGCAGCAUCAACAGUAAUGCAGUGCAGCAAACCACGAGUAGAUUGGCAAUGGCAGCAAUGGCAGCUGGUUUUGACGGAAAUCAUCAAAACAACCAUACACAACAAAAUCAGUCAUUGCAACCACUACAUCAUUCUAUUCAACAAGUUCGACAUGAAAUGUAUGUUCAAGAAAGUCCUGAUGCUUCCGAUCUUAUGACGUCAACUUGGUCUGCUAUGAUGGAUCCUUCUUUCCGAGGAAUGAAUGAUGACAACUCACUUACUUCGACCUCUUCUCAUCCAUUCGAAUCAACUCAUCGACCAGCUCAUCAUAUGUGUAAUUAUUGUGGCAAAUCCUUUCAAUGUAUCGAUGCUUUGAAUGAACAUCAUUACAAUCAACAUGAUAUUACGAAAGAAGAAGAGGAUGGAAAGGAUGAUUCAUGUUAUUAUCAACAAUUAUCUUCUAUUCAUGGUGAUAUAUUAUCCAAUAUCAAUGAUUCAAAAGUGACAAGUCACGAUUAUCCUAUGUUUCAACAACAACAACAUUAUGGUCAAACGGAAUUUUUUGGCGAUCGACUCUCCUCCUCUUCCUCCUCCUCCUCAUCAUCAUUAUCAUCUGUGAACAAACUUAAUUUUGAUGUGGAUCGAUCUGGUAUGCUUAGUCCUAUGGAAGAUAUGGAUUUGGAAAUGAAGGAUGUGUUAUAUAAUCAACAACAACAACAACAACAACAAUAUCAAGCACCUUAUGCAUCGCCAGGACAAUCGGAUCAUGGACUUACACCUAUUGUGACAGGGAAUAACAAUCUAUCAACCAUGUUAUCUUAUUCGGGUUUAUCUCCAGAAGAUGAAAUCUCCAGUACAUCAUCAUCAUCAUCACCAGGUUCCAUUCUUCAAUAUCAAGGUUAUUAUGAUAUGUUAAGUCAUCCUUUAUCUCAACCUUCUUCUUCUCAACAAAAUACUUCUAUGUUACUUUCACCAUUCAAGCCAAAUGUGUACCCGGGACAACCAAUUUAUUCUGUACAUCAACAUCAACAACAGCAACAACAAAUGGCUUUGAUGAAUGAUGAUAUUCAAUCUUCAUUCUCUUAUCAUCCAACAAUGACUACUUCGGGCCCAUUCUCAUUUUAUACCAAUACUUAUCAAGAUUACACUCCUUUACCAACACAUGAUAUGACCAUGGUUUUCAAUUGAACAAAACUUCGACUUUCCUUUAUCCUUUUUGUUUGUUUGUUUGUUUUUUAUUUAUUUAUUUAUUAUUUAUACUUAUGCAUCCAAUCUUUUUUUCUUUUUUUGUAUAUGAUUUUAUUUUUUUUUGGCGCAAUAUUCUUUUCCCUCCCCCCCAUUUUAAGCUAGUCCUUUUAUACAUUUUUAUUUGUUUGGUCCUUUCCCCAUACUUUUUGAACCUAUUGUUUUCCUUCCCCCCCUUUUUUUAAAAAAAACUAACUUAUGUGUCU